GAGAGGACUUGACUCUGUGAUCUGCUCUGUCACUGAGGCUGAGGCUGCUGCCUGCCGACAGAAGACCCCUAUCCACGGGCCUUAGAAGACAUAUCUGUGCAGCACCAUGUCCUCCACCGGUCUGGAAAUCCUGGGCAUGAUCCUGGCUGUGGCUGGGUGGCUGGGGGUGAUGGUGGCCUGCGGUAUGCCCAUGUGGAAAGUGGCUGCAUACAUCGGACAGAACAUUGUCAUCUCUCAGGUGAUUUGGGAGGGCCUCUGGAUGAACUGCUCGGUGCAGAGUACGGGACAGAUGCACUGUAGGGUACAUGACUCCAUGCUGGGGCUGCCCGUGGACCUACAGGCUGCCCGGGCCCUGGUCAUCGUCUCUAUGGUGCUGUGCAUUAUUGGCAUUGGUCUGUCAGUGGCAGGGGCCAAAUGCACUAACUGCAGCCAGGACGUGCAUGGUAAACCUCGGUUUAUGGUUGCUGCAGGAGUCACCUUUGUCGUGGCAGGACUGCUGAUGCUUGUGGCUGUAUCUUGGACGGCACAUGCCAUCGUCCUGGGCUUCUACGACCCUAUGCUGGAGGAGACCGGGAAGAGGGAGUUUGGGAAUGCUCUGUACUUCGGCUGGGCUGCCUGCUGUUUGCUCAUCCUUGGUGGAGCACUUCUCUGCUGUUCUUGCCCCCCCAGGGCAACCCGGGGACAGAGCGGCUCAGUGCCGCCUCAAGUGGACUACUCUGCCCUUAAGACUGUGACAGUCAAUGGGUACACAAAAAGAGACUAUGUGUGAGCAAAGCAUGUGGUACUGUGAACUGGCUAUCUAUAGUGCACUGCUGAAGGAUAAAGCAUUUAUUUGAAAGACAGAUGUUUGACAACAACAAACCCUACAGUCACAUGCUUAAAUGUGCCCAAAACUGUUCCAGCUUUGUAGCCCCUACUCUUCAUACUGCUGUGACUCUAGACAUGAAGAAAUUCACUCUAGUUUUAUGUAUAGAAGUUUAAAUUAGAACCUAAAGUGG